AUGGGGAGUGAAGUGGAUUAUAGUUCUGAUGAAGACACUGAUGUCAGUGAAUCUGAAAUAGAGGAAUAUGAAGACAAAGCUUAUGAAGAAUUGAAGAGUGGAAGGCACCACAUCCAAAUAUCCGAUCAAGCUUACACUUGCCCAUACUGUCCAAAGAAAAAGAAGCGAGAUUACCUAUACAAGGACCUCUUACAGCAUGCAAACGGCGUGGGCAAGUGUAAUUCACAAAAGCGAAGUGUAAGAGAUAAGGCCAAUCAUCUAGCAUUGGCGAAAUAUUUAGAGAAAGAUUUAGCAGUUGUUGCGGGCCCAUCACGACCAGUAGCUGAGGCUGAUCCUUUGGCAGAUCAUGAUGGUGACGAGAUGUUUGUUUGGCCGUGGAUCGGAAUUGUUGUUAACCUCCCUACUCAAUGGAAGGAUGGGCGUUAUGUGGGGGAGAGUGGUUCUAAGUUAAGGGACCAGUUGAUCAGGAGAGGCUUCAAUCCCAUAAGAGUACACCCUCUCUGGAAUUUCCGUGGACAUUCGGGAAGUGCAGUUGUGGAAUUUAAUAAAGAUUGGUCUGGGUUCAACAAUGCUAUGUCUUUUGAGAAGGCUUAUGAGGCUGAUCAUCAUGGGAAAAAAGACUGGCAACCAACGGAUGCCAAAAAUCUGAUCUUUAUGCAUGGGUUGCUCGUGCAGAUGACUACAAUUCCAAAUGCAUCAUUGGGGAACAUCUUCGAAAGGUUGGUGACCUUAGAACCAUUUCUGAUAUCAUGGCUGAUGAAGCUCGGAAGACAAGUCAAGAAGAUGCACUUAAAACAAAUGGAGGAGAAUAUCAAUGAGACUUCAAAGUCCCUGAGCAUGUCAAUUGCAGAAAAAGAUAAGCUUCAUCAAGAUUACAAUGAAGUAGAGAUAAAAAGGAUUCAGUCAAGUGCCAGGGAACAUUUCCAGAAGAUUUUUAAUGACCAUGAAAAGCUUAAGGUGCAAUUGGAAACUCAAAAAAAAGAGCUUGAGCUCAAGGGUAAUGAAUUGGAGAAACGUGAGACCCGGAAUGAAAAUGAAAGAAAAAAGCUCUUUGAAGAGAUUGAAAAGGUGCAGCAUUUGAUACUGAAUGCAUUGGAAAAUAGUUCACUUCAGACGGCAUCUGAAGAGCAGAAAAAAGCUGAUGAAAAUGUAAUGAAAUUGGCAGAAAUUCAGAAG